AAUUAUAAUAAUAACAACUCUCCCUUCUGACAAACGUAAUACCAAUCAUGUCCUUCACCGGAGCUCCCUCAUUACCUGUAGUGACCGACGCAACCACAUCGAAACAAUAUUUCUGCUACCAAUGCAACCGCACAGUCUCGAUUCCUGCCUCUUCCUACGAUGAUCCAUAUUGCCCAAUUUGCCACGAUAGCUUCAUUGAAGAAUUCGAAACCCAAAACCCUCAAAACCCGAAUCCAUUCCCCGACUCGUAUUUCAACGACCCUUUUGACCCCUUCUCUUCUCUCUUUCCUCUCCUCUUCCAAAACUCUGGCACUGAAUUUCCAGCUCGACCAGGGUUCUCCGGCCCGAAUGCGUUUAACCCCCUUGAGUUCCUCCGUUCUCACCUCCAAAACCUUCAUUCUGGUGGGGGUAGGGUCUAGUUCGUGAUUGAGAACAAUGGACACGAACCUGGUCUUCGAUUCCCAGAUAGUAAUUUUGGUAAUUAUUUUAUUGGGUCGGGUUUGGAGCAACUGAUCCAACAGUUGGCUGAGAAUGACCCGAACAGGUAUGGGACGCCUCCGACGUCGAAAAAGGCAAUUGAGGCAUUGCCCACGAUGAAGGUUACCGAGGAGAUGAUGAAAUCAGAGAUGAAUAAUCAAUGUGCUGUGUGUAAAGAUGAGUUUGAGGGAGGAGAAGAAGUCAAAGGGAUGCCAUGUAAACAUGUGUUUCAUGAGGAUUGUAUAAUGCCUUGGUUGAACAUGCAUAAUUCGUGUCUGGUUUGUCGGUAUGAGUUGCCUACUGAUGAUCCUGAUUACGACAAUAGAUCUCCUAGAGGGCAAGAGAGUGGUGGGGGUAGCGUCGGAGGAAUGGAGAGAAGGUUUACUAUUUCAAUUCCGAGGGCGUUUGGUGGAAGUGGUGGUGGUGGUGGUGGACAAAGCAGUUCUUGACAUAUUGGAUUGGCGAUCAUUGGUGUGGAAAGAAUUUUGCAAAGAAUUUUUUUCUUUGUGAACAUGGAAUCUGGAAACUGGAAAGCAAGUUCCUGUAUGUUGACAUGAAUAUAUUUUAAGAUUUGCUGAUAUUUACUUCUGGAAGGUCCGAACACAGUAGUUUUUGUCAUAUAUUCAAAAUUGAUUUUCAUGUUGUAUAUUAACUUUUAUAGGUUCUAUAUCCUGAAAUGCCCCUUUUUUCUGUUAUUAUU